UUGGAGUUUCCUGAGCUAUACAGCAAAUUCCCAUUGGCUAUCUAGUUUACAUAUGCUCUACAAUGCUUUCCCCUCUUUACUACAUUAUCUCCCAGGGAGUCAUAACAUAUUAUUUAAAAACAUGACUGAGCAAAGAAAGUUUAUUUUGGAGAAAAUAAAGGAACACCAAGAAUCCUUGGACCUCAAUAACCCUCAAGACUUUAUUGAUUACUUCCUGAUUAAAAUGGAAAAGAAACACAGUAAACAGUCUGAAUUUACCAUGGACAACUUGAUAACCAGUCUAUGGGAUUUGCUUACUGCUAGAAUAGAGGCAAUAAGCAUCACUCUGAGAUAUGGACUGCUGCUCCUGCUGAAGCACCCAGAGGUCACAGCUAAAGUCCAGGAAGAAAUUAACCAUGUGGUUGGCAGAAACCAGAGCCCCUGCAUGCAGGACAGGAGCCGCAUGCCCUACACAGAUGCUGUGAUCCAUGAGAUCAUGAGAUACAUUGUAGUUGUCCCCAACAACCUACCCCAUGCAGCAGCUCAGGACAUUAAAUUCAGAGAAUAUAUCAUUCCCAAGGGCACAACCAUAUUAACAUCUCUGACUUCUAUUCUGCACGAUGGCAAAGAGUUUCCCAACCCAGAGCAGUUUGAUCCUGGUCACUUCCUGGAUAAAACUGGUAACUUUAAGAAGAGUGACUACUUCAUGGCUUUUUCAGCAGGAAAAAGAGUUUGUGCUGGAGAAGGUUUGGCCCGCAUGGAGCUGUUUUUACUCCUGGUCAGCAUUUUACAGCAUUUUACCUUGAAAUCUCUGGUUGAUCCGAAGAAUAUUGACACUACACAACUUCUGAAAGCGUUAGGCUCUCUACUACACUUUUACGAGGUCUAUUUCAUUGCAUUCUGA